CCUCCAACAUGGAAUCUUUCUGAGGAAUUGGGGGCUACAUCAGCAUCAUGCCUUCUCCCUCAUGCUGGUGCUGUAAUCAUUUCACAAGAAGAAGAGGAUUCUCUUCAAGAAAUGAGUACAAGUUUUGGAGAAUGGCGAUUAGACGACCCAAAGGAUGACCCUAAGGACGACAGCUACAAGCCACCAAGUGACACCUCCCCAUCAGACUCAGGCUCGGCCUCUACAUCCAGCCAUGGCUCAAUAAAUGGAUGGUCAGAGAGAAAGUGGAUAGUCGAUGAAUCGAGCAUAAUGCAAAUGUUUCAAACUUGCUGCCUUUGUGGAAUGCCCGUGGCAGAGAGGAAAUCAACCAAACACGGUAGCCAAUUAAAAAUCCACUGGACCUGCCUGCAAGGACACAAUGGUUUAUGGCAAUCAUGCCCAGACCAGAGGAAGAUGGGCAGAAAUAAUUUACUCACCUCUGCCGCCAUAUUAUUCACCGGAGCCACUUAUGCCGAUAUAAGAGACUGGGCAUUUCUUCUAAAACUCCAAAUCCCUGGCAAAACGCAGUUCUACUCUGUACAAUCGAAGUAUCUCAUCCCAGUCAUAAACCAUGCAUACAAAAAUCAGCAGGACCAGGUAAUUGAACGCCUGAAACAACUCGCUGACACAGAAGAAAAAAUUGCCUUGGCUGGAGAUGCGCGGUGCGACAGCCCUGGUUUCAGUGCAAAGUAUUCGACUUACUCCUUCAUGGAUGAUGCCACAAAGGAGAUCGUCCACUUUGAAUUAGUUCAGGUUACGGAGGCUUCCAGCUCAGUAGCCAUGGAAGCCAUCGGAUUCAAAAGAGGCCUCGAUCAUCUCCUGACCAUGGGUGUGGAUGUCGGUGUCAUCACUACUGAUAGAGCACCAUCUAUACGCAAAAUAAUGAGGGAGACCUACAACGACAUUCGCCAUGAGUUUGAUGCAUGGCACGUCAACAAGAGUGUCAAGAAGAAGCUAGUCAAUGCAGCAAACAAAAGGAAAACAAAGACCUACUGA